AUCCUCAGUCACGCGAAGAGCAAGGCGCGCGUUUCAGCACGCAACCCGACUGCGAGAAAAGUUCAAUAUUCCGCAAGAAGCCGGGCCGUCGAUGAGACGUUCUGAGAUGAGCAACACAAAUGUGAGUCUGACAAACGAAGAGCAAUGCAACUUUAAUCAGCUCGGCGGGAGAUUUCAGAAUGGCCGCCCUCUGCCCAUCCAUAAAAGGAAGCUGAUGAUCGAGCUGGCGUCGGAGGGCGCGCGUCCGUGUGAGAUCUCCAGGAUCCUGAAGGUGUCCAACGGCUGCGUCAGUAAGAUCCUCCGCUGGUAUAAACGCACGGGUCUUUUGGGGCCCAAAGCCACCGGGGGCAGCAGACCGCGACUGCUCACGCCGGACGUUAUCACUACGAUCGCGCAGUACAAGCGCGCCUGUCCCGCGCUCUUUGCCUGGGAGAUCCGCGAGAAGCUCUCGGCGGCGCACGUUUGCAGAGCAGACAAAGUGCCUAGCGUGUCUUCUAUUAACCGCCUUCUGAAGAAGCUUCAGUAUUGUGAGGACAUGGAAAGACAUAUGUAUGAAGGGAGGCUUUGCACUAAAAUGGAUGAGGGAAGGCAGAGCUGGUGCACACUGGGUAAAAAGGAUCAACAGGCAGGAGUCAGCGACCCACAAAGAACCCAGCAGCCCUGCAGGACACAUGUCAGUCCAGAACAGACUGCGAUGCUAGAAAAAGAGUUUCUCUGCAGACAUCAUUCCAGCAUGUCCGCAAGAGAAACGCUGCCAGCAGCCACGCAUCUGUCACAGGACCUCAUAAAGGUGCGGUUCCUGAACAGACGGGCCAAAGCGGGGCAGGACAGAGCAGGGGGCAGCGACUGGCAGUCUAACGGUUUGGCAGAGGCUCGCUCUCUGGGAAGCGAAUCCGCUUCCUUCUCCCUGUCAGCAGAUUGGCUUUCCGAGGGAGCAGUCCUGCCAGGGACUAGCCGCCUGGACAGCAGAACCUCCUCGGCAGCUCAUACCGGAUUGUUUCCAGUGGCCCAGAACACUGGAACCGCCACUGGCUCACUGACUCACUGCAGCUCAACGAUGAGAGCGAGUUUCCUGCCAGGCCAGAGCGUGGGCGAGGCCGGUACGCCCGGCUCUGGUCACGGAGGAGAAGAAACCGCGUACGGAUCGGCUCAUGUCACAGAAUGGGAGGCUCUGCCUUCGUUCCUUGGGCAGCGCGCUGGACUGCGAGGAUUACAGGAGGACAACCGACGGCAGUGUGAUGAUUGUACAGAGCUUAGGUGGAGGAUUUCCAGCUAGAAAAGCUGCAAGUUGUCUUUCAUAACAGCAGGGGGCAGCAAAGAAAAAAAUAGGCACAUUUCAGACUGAAGUUUGUGUCGCCUUUGUUCAGUUUUGCAAAUAUCUCGGGGCAUGAUUGGCUAAAUUGAAUCUUUCAGAAGGACUAUAUGAAUAAAUUGGAAAAUUUGGAGAAAUGGACAAAAUAAUGUGUUGAGAAGGAUCAAAAUUAGGACAGCAUUUUUCAAAUUGAGGAAAAAAAUGUGUGAGGAACAAAACCUCAUUUCUUCAGGAAUGAGCUCCUGGCGUUUCGAACACAAAUCCUGGUUUGAUAUUUGACUGUCCUGUUCAGAGGUGUGUGCCAACAUUUUGUAGUGGAGCCAAUAUGAUCGGUCAUGGACAGAACUUUCAACCAAUCUUCUCCAGAUAUGGACUGCGAGAUGCUUGGAAAUUAAAGUAGAUCAACUCCAAACGCAGUUCUAGAGUCACAGUUGAUUUCAUCUUGUGAUAUGUUGAGAGCAUCAUUGUGCAGUGACACUCUUAUUCAUGUGGCUAGAUGAAAGUUUCAUUUCUACUUAUAUAAACAGGAUAAAACAUGAUUUAGAGCAUUUUUAGCCAAAUUAAAUUUUAUACCUAAAUGCCGUAAAUGUAAUGUAAGAUUUAGCUACAGAAUGACCUAAACUCUUCCCCAGUAUGCAAUAUACCAUCAUAUGUUUAAACCAUUUGAAGAUUACCAACAACUAAUUAAAGGUACCACUGUAAUGUGAAAAACAAAUCAAGUUGUCAAAAAGACUGCAGGAAACGUAUUUCAUUUUUUCUCCUAUAUUUGGAUGGAUUUUUUG